GUCUAAGUCACUAUUACAACUAGGAUUGGCAAGGGGUCUUGUAAGCUUUCAAGCAACCCAUUAUUUUCUGCCUGUGUUUGACGCUCAUGGAGGUCUAUUAUUUUUUGCUAUAACUAUGAGGAUGGUCGUAAUUGGUUAGUCGAUUAACCGUUUAACCAUCGGUUAGUUAUUGGCUAAAUUUGACUACCAAGAACCGACCAUUUACUAUUUAAUCGGUUAUCGGUGUAAUCGUUAAGCACCAAUUCCAAUUCGGUUAUCGGUUACACCGUGAUCAGGAUAAUCGUUUAUCAGCCUUAUGUCUUCUAAUUGUGUUAUUAAGGUGGAUCUAACAAAUAUUUUGACUAUGUUAAUUGGAAUUAUAUAUUUUUUUAUCACAUUACAUAUGGGCUUUCCUAAUUAAUUCUCGAAUUGGAUUAAGCUUUGUGUGAAAAUAGCUCUGUCUAAUCUAGACUUGUCUUCCUUUAUUUUUUUUCUUAAAUUAAGAGAGAGUUACAAGGUUAUUUGCUUUCUAACAUUUAUAUUCAUACUAGAUAUGCCUGCUCGCUUACGUUUCGCAACGAGUGAAAGAAAGCAUUGUAAAUGUGUCGUAUGGAAGAAUUAGUAAAAUUUAACUAAUACGAUAUAAUUUCAAGAACAUUAAGAAUUACUAAGUUGUUGUGAGAGAAGUUCGUAGUAAUUUGUCACGUUGACCAAUGAAGUUAUGAAUUAAAAAUGACAAUCUAUAUAUUUGAAACUUAGACAACUUUAAUUUGAGAAUUUACAAAAUUUCUACGUUUGAAAGAAAGAACAAAGAGAAAAAAGAUGGAAGAAUGUAGCAUCUGGUUAUGUUGGUUCCGACUCCAAUGCCACUUUCAUCAUUUUAAUGAGAACGAUAAAGAGAUGAGUACAAAUGCUAAAACAAAUACGAACAAAGAGAUCGAGUUCAAUAGAACAAAAAAAAAUCAUUAAGAAAGGUUAACCAAAUUAGAUGAUUUUCCCAUAAUUAGCCUAUUUGAACUCGAACAAGACAAAGAUGACUAAACAUGUCAAGCUAUAUGCAAAUAAAUCGAUUGAUUUCAACAACAACAACAAAAACACAUAUUAGGAGAUAGGAAAUUAUGAAGAAAAUAAAAUAAAAAGAAGUAGAAAUGUAAGAAAAUAAAAUAAAAAAUAAAAAAAAGUAAAAAGAUAUAAUUCAAAAGACUUAAUAACCUCAAAGUUUAUUUACAACAAAAAAAUCCUCAGUAAACGCUAAACUAUGACAUUUAUAUAAAAAUAUGUAAAAAAAAAUAAGAAAAAUAACUUUAUCAAAAUUGCUCUAGGCACAGGCUACCUCUAAUGCUGAAAAUUAUUAAUUCAGAACUAGGGGAAUAGGGGAUUUGAUUACAUGGAAAGUUGAUAACCAUUGCUCUUUUCCUCCAUGCUUUAGAUUAAUUAUACAUUUUUUUAGAGUAUUAAAUUAAUUAGAUUAUUAUCAUGAGCCAUUCACCAAAAAAAGAAAGGCAACGUAACAGGAUCAAGCUUGAUGACCCGUUCAACGCUUCAUCCCCCACCAUAUGUCCCCAAGCAUCAGCAUCAUUCAUUUUCACUAUAAAAGAUCAAACCUGCUUGCUCACCUGUUUUUCACUCAAAACAACCAAGAUUGCGGACCAUCAUCAGAAAAAGAGACACCAUAGAAGAAAUAGAAACAAAUUACAAGCAGCAGCUAGCAAGUAAGCCAAGAUGCAGGCCGUCAAGGAGAAGAUCCAAGAUAUGAAGGACAUGCGCAAGGCCAAGGCUGAAGCCAAGGCCGAGGAGAAGGCGGAGCAGGAGGUGGCGAAAGCUAGGAUGGAGGUCGCAAAAGAGGUUCGAUUGGCGAGGGAGGCACAAGCAGAAAUGCAGCUCCAUGUCGCCAAAGCCGGGGAAAAGGCUGUGACACAGACUCCUGUGGAUGCUGCCGCUGCUGCAGGCACCACCACAACCACCAGUACCACCACCACCACCGAAAAGGCAACAUAAUAGUAAUGAUAUAAAAUCUCU